GAGGGUUUGGGGGCCGUGUGGGCUGGGAGGGGGUGAGCUGAGUGUGCCCUGGUUGACAGCUACUCUCCCCACAGGGAAGCCCACCCUGUAUGGCAGUGUGACCCGGCGCGGCCUCAGCUCCCAGGGCGUCCCUGACAUCGCUGCCUCCGAGGGCUUCCUGGUCGGGGAGGUCACCAAGAAAAGCAUUCUCAUCUCUUGUCCUCAUGAAAAUGUGUCCACAAAGUUCCUGGCCCCGUACACAACUUUCAGUAGGAUUCAUCAGAAAAGUAUUACCUGUCUUGAUAUUUCCAGUGGUGGAGGACUUGGUGUGUCUACUAGCACAGAUGGGACCAUGAAAAUCUGGCAGGCUGCAAAUGGGGAAAUAAGAAGACUAUUGGAAGGCCAUGUGUAUGAUGUGAAUUGUUGCAGGUUUUUCCCUUCGGGCCUCGUGGUGCUGAGUGGGGGAAUGGAUGCUCAGCUAAAGAUUUGGUCAGCAGAAGAUGCCAGCUGUGUGGUCACAUUUAAAGGUCACAAAGGAGGUAUUUUGGACACUGCCAUUGUGGAUCGGGGCAGGAAUGUCCUCUCCUGCUCCAGGGAUGGCACUGCCCGUCUCUGGGACUGUGGGAAAUCCUCCUGUCUGGGUGUCAUCGCUGACUGUGGCUCUCCCAUCAACGGCAUUGCUGUGGGCACUGCUGACAACUCACUCAACCUGGGGACGCCUGAGAAAGCUCUUAGUGACCGUGAGGUCGGGACAGAAGGGAAAAUCCUGCUCCUGGCUCAAGAAGACAAGAAGCUUCAAGGAGUGGGACUGCAGAGCAGGCAGCCGGUGUUCCUCUUUGUUGGAUCUGAUGCAUUCAACUGCUGCACAUUCCUCUCCAGCACCUAUGUCCUAGCAGGGACUCAGGAUGGGAAUAUCUAUCAGCUGGAUGUGAGAAACACAAAUGCUCCAAUCCAGGUCAUCCACCGAUCAGGAGCACCAGUGCUUUGCCUGCUCCCAUACAGAGAUGGAUUUAUUGCUAGCCAAGGUGAUGGCACCUGCUUCAUCGUUCAGCAAGACCUUGAUUAUGUCCUGGAUCUCACCGAGGCUGACUGUGACCCUGUGUACAAGGUGGCUUCUUGGGAGAAGGAAAUUUACACAUGCUGCAGAGGUGGGAUAGUGAGGAGGUACCAACUUUCUGACCUUUAA